AUGGAUUACUACCAAUUUGGUCUCACCGAGACCGGAGCGGCCCUAGUCUCGCCCGUGCCUGCCUGGCACGAGCACAUCUCAUCGCAUCGCGGAGCACAUCAAACCAUGUCAACCUCAGCGUAUCAGCUAUUCCUGCUCGCCGACCACCUCAAGCUCUCCCUCCUCGAGCGCCAACGAGCCAUAAGCCUAAACAUCGAAUCGACCCGACAAGACCGCCACAUUCGUCGAUCCCUCUCCCAGUUCCAAGACGGCAUAGAACAGCUCGAAUCGCAAUCCACAGAUCUGGGGGAAGCCGAAGACGACACCUCAGAUCUCGCACGACUAAAGACCCAAUAUGCCGACCUCUACUCGCAAUUCCACGGCUCGGCGCCUCCUUCCGCAGAAAUCAAGAAACCCAACCCAGCAUUAGCCAGCGACUUCGCCGCAGCACAAUCGAGACCCAGCAGAACAACAUCAUCACUGCAGAAAAACAACAAAAACGUGCGAUUCCACGACAACCCAGACGAACAUGACGCAGAAGCACAAGCCCACCGCGCAGCCGCCCUCUUCUCCGACCACCAAAGAUACCGCGACGAGCCUGAAGCACCCGAUCAAAGUCGCAUGGACAAUCCGCAAAUUCACACCUAUCAUAAACAAGUCCUGCGAGAACAAGACGAUCAGUUGGAAGUGUUGGGUCAGAGUAUCGGUCGGCAACGCAUGCUGGGGAUACAAAUGGGCAAUGAGCUGGAUGAACAGGUCGAGAUGCUGGAUGAUGUGGAACGAGGUGUGGAUCGGCAUUCGGCGACUUUGCAGCGUGCGCAGAAGAGGUUGGGCACGAUUGCGAGGAAGGCUAAGGAUAAUUGGAAUUGGGUGACGAUUACGAUUUUGAUGAUGAUACUUGUGCUGUUGAUUGUGGUGUUGAAGUGA